UUGCCAGAAAUCGCGUCAAAAUGUCGUGCUACAGUCCCUGAUGUUCGGCGUUUGAAACCCCGUCGGCCUCUCCGUACGGCACCCUAGCUGAAGACGAAACAUGCCGGCUAAAGGUCCUCUACAGUCUGUCCAGGUUUUUGGACGUAAAAAAACUGCCACAGCAGUUGCCCACUGCAAGAGGGGGAAUGGCCUCAUUAAGGUUAACGGCAGACCCCUGGAGAUGGUGGAGCCUGCCACUCUCCAGUACAAGCUUCUAGAGCCAGUGCUUCUGCUGGGUAAGGAGCGUUUUGCUGGAGUUGACAUCAGAGUCAGAGUGAAGGGUGGUGGACACGUUGCACAGAUCUAUGCUAUCCGUCAGGCCAUUUCCAAAGCCCUGGUUGCAUACUACCAGAAAUAUGUUGAUGAGGCCUCAAAGAAGGAGAUCAAGGACAUCCUGAUUCAGUAUGACAGGACCCUGUUGGUCGCUGAUCCUCGUCGCUGUGAGUCCAAGAAGUUCGGUGGACCUGGAGCUCGUGCCCGCUACCAAAAAUCAUACCGUUAAUGGCUCUGUACAUUUUCAUAAUAAAUUUGGGGAAUCAA